UGCGCAAAACUGACCAAUCAGGACACAGUACUGCAGGGAAACUGAAAAACUUGAGCUCUUGUAGGUCACAUGAAGAAUUUUAGCUGCACAACCUUCCUGAAAAUGGACUAACGGUAGCUCCACCAUAUUGAAGCGUUUUUUCGAAGGCUUUUUAGAGCACUUUUAUUUUGCCUUUGUAGAGCUACUUUACAUGAAUAUUUUAUUAAAGAUCAUCAACUGCUGGUUAAAGGUCAUCUUUAUACAUUCAAUCUCAGCCACAUCUCAGGAGAAAUGCACAUGUCUGGACAGAAAGUAUAAAUAAUGAAUGGAGUAGUUUUAUGUCUGAGUCCCAGUUUUUCGUCUGAGUACAAUGAACGAUGGUUUGAAACCCUUUUUUGGGUUUGUGAUUUCUAGAUUUGGCCAGGGCUGCACAUUAUUUUAAUCUUAAUCAUAAUUUUUGGUUUUCUCAAACAGUUAAAUAUAAUUGAUUGCUAGUUUGGGUAAAGCUAGUGUAUUUGCUGUCGUGGAGACAUGUUGUUUGUUUAUGUAUUUAGUGCUUAAUUGUGCAGCAUUUCAUUGCUGUGGCUGUGGAGCAGUUCUGUGCUAAUUAAAGAAUACAUGAGGAAUAUGUAAGGAAUCAUGGGGCAUGCAGGGAAAAAUAUUUAAAGAAACACGACUUUUUGUUUAUUAAAGAAAAUAAUAAAUAUAUUUUAUCAGUAUAAAAUUAUGAGGGUGAGUCAAGUGAAUACCUUAAAAGUGUGAUGUAAAUUAGAAAUGAAUCAAUUUUUUUUCUAGAGGAAUUCAGGCACUUGUGCUGGAAUGCUUCCAAUGAACAAAAUGGAGGUUAUGUAGAAAGAUGAUACACUUUUGCGACACCUAUUUGUAAUAAACAAUGCAAAAUUUAAAAAAAAAAAAAAAAAAAAGGUUUUCAUUUAACUCACCCUCAUGCAUUUGUAUGUUGUGGAACAUCUGCAAAACAAGUAGCUUAAAGUUACUUAAGACUUAAAGUUACGGCUUUAACUCUAAUUGUUACAAAGUUCUGACACUGGAGACUCCUUCCAAAAAUUUUUAACAAACAUCACCUUGUAGAAAACUUCACCAUAUCAGUGAUUACAAAAAAAGGACAAAAAAUAAAUAAAAAGACAAAAAAUUCAGCUUGUGAAAUUAGAGAAAUCACAAAGCCUUCUGUCCUGAAAACAUUCCCAUAUCAGAAAACCUAAAGUUACAGCUUUACCUCUGUCUGCUACAAAGCGCUAGCACUGGAGACUCCUUCCAAAAAUGUUACAUGAACGUCUCCUUGCAGAAAACAUCGCCAUAUCAAUGAUUACAACCAUUUUUAACAUCAGCUCAUGUGGAGUUUAAGUCCCUGUGUGAGUUGUUACUGCAGAAAUACAGAAACGAUAGCGUAUUAGAAGGAGCGCAUUAAUCUAAUUUAAACCUGUGAUUUGAAUUACAGCCUGCUCUACUGACACAGCUGCAGUUAUAGAAAAUUAAUUAACACCUUCUGACCAAUCAGAAUCGAGAAUUCAACAGCACUAUUGUAUAAAGGCAUGUAACAUACAAACCACUUCUGUGGUCAUUUUUGAUUAAUUUGCUCCAAAAUUGGCUGAAUACUUGAAUUGUAAACAAUAAUUCAAUAUGGAGAAACGUAAUCUCAUCAGUUUAGCCAUGAUUGUGAUGCCGUUUUCAGCUGUGGGGUUGUUUUAAAGAAAUGCAGCUGUUCAUGUGUUCAUGGUUUGAUUGAUUAAUUCUCAAUUGCAGUCUGUCUCUAUCUGUCACUAUCACACACACACACACACACACACACAUUCUCACCCUGUAUUGAUGCCUGGAUAUGAGUGAUACACAGCCGUACACUCCUCUUCAUCUAUUCUGGUGAAUUAUUCCAUGUGAGUAAAUGCCCAAGGGACUGCACAGAUCUGCACAGAGACACAUGGAGGUGGGAGAGGUGUGUGUGUGUGUGUGUGUGUGUUGGGAGGAGGAUUUUGGACCAUCAGGCCUCUCCUUGGAAUUAACACACAUCAGGCGUUCCAGGGGAAGCUGUUAAUACAUGCAGAGGCUAACACAUUCGCCGUUCUCACACUGAGCCACUCUUCAGUGUGUCAAGCUCAACUGUAGCUCAAGGAUUUGGGAAGUAGCGAUCUCCGCAAAGAUGUAUAUGUUGUAGCUCAUAUUUUUAGAAUAGGGCGAAUGGUUGCUGGGGAGAAGAAGUCUGUGUGUAACACGCAGUACAGACGCCCGUUUGGCUGCGCUGUGAUCAACGUGUGUGAUCUGCUGACAGCCGACUGCAAGGACGAGCACCUGCUCAAAGUUUAUUCAUGCAAUACUGAAAGCGAGUGGUAUCAAAUACAUGACAACAUUAUUCGGAAAGUCAGCUCCCGAUACAGCCAGGUCAGCUCCGGCACAGGACUCGCUGUUUCACUGCAGUUGCUUCACGGAGACUUGGAGCAGAUACAGAAGGAAUACAUGCGUCUCUUCACACGCAACGUCUCCAUCACAAGGAGACUUGGCUUCUCCGAUAUCAUCAUGCCAGGUGAGAUCAGGAACGACCUCUACGUGACCCUGGAGAGAGGGGAGUUUGAGAAAGGAGGGAAGAGCGUGGCGAGGAACGUGGAGGUCACUGUGUAUCUGCUGGGAGCUGAUGGCCAGGUACUGAAGGGUCUGGUGUUUUCAGGUUCAGGUGAGCCUGGGAUGGAUGAGUUCCACUCGUUUGUCCUGUAUCACAGUAACAGUCCUCGCUGGUCAGAGCAGAUCAAGCUGUGUGUUCCUCCAGAGCUGUUCAGACUCGCUCACCUGCGCUUCGAGUUCAGACACUGCUCCACGAAGGAGAAGGGAGAGAAGAAGCUGUUUGGUUUCUCAUUUGUGCCGCUCAUGCAGGAGGACGGAAGAACGCUGCCCGAUGGCAUGCAUGAACUCAUCGUUCACAAGUGUGAAGAGACUGCAAACCUGCAGGACUUGUCUCGCUACCUCAAGCUGCCGUUCUCUAAAGCCAGUCUACAGCCUGGCACCAACCAGACCAUGAAGAGCAGCAAAGAGUCCUUCUGGAUCCUCUCGACACUUUGCUCCACCAAACUCACGCAGAACGGUGACAUGUUGGAUUUGCUGAAGUGGAGAACCCAUCCGGACCGGAUCAUGGACGGCUUGACCAAACUGAAGGACAUGGAUGGCACAGAGAUAGUUAAGUUUUUGCAGGACACCUUGGACACGCUGUUUGCCGUGUUAGACGAGAGCCCGCAGAGAUACGGACUGAAAGUGUUUGACUGCCUGGUGCACGUCAUCAAUUUGCUGCAGGACAGUAAAUUCCAGCACUUCAAACCUGUCAUGGACAACUACAUUGAGAAUCAUUUUGCAGGCGCUUUGUCUUACAGAGACCUGAUCCGAGUUUUGAAGUGGCAUGUGGACAGGAUCAUCGACGCUGAGCAUCACGAGCAGAUACAGCAGGUCCUGAAGGCUGCGGAGUACCUGUUUAAAUACAUCGUGCAGUCUCGCAGGCUCUAUGCGGCAGCGACUGCGGCACAGGGUGAGGACGAGUUCCGCUGCUCUGUCCACGAGCUCUUCAAAUCCGUCCAUCUGUUCCUUUCUCAUGAGAGCAAAGGAAUCAGCCCCGUCACACACACACAGGCUGUGUUCCUGAGGUCGUUUCCCACUGUGUGCUGUGAGCUGCUGAAGGUCUUUGGUGUCCGUGAGGUGGCGAAUCUGGCACGCGACACACUGAGCAGCCUGCCCGCUCUGACGCACACAGACUGCCCCCUGCAGGCCGUGAAGCUGCAGUGCGUGGCCAAGACAGUAGAGAGCCCACUUUAUACCAACCCAGAGUCGCGAUGUGUUCUCCUACCCGUGGUCCUCCAUCUCCUCCUCACUUACCUGAAGGAGCAGAAGGAGUUGGUUCUGUGUGCGAACAUCCUCACCAGCAUGCUGUCUCUCGUCCACAGAGACCCAAACACAGAGUGUGUGGCACCUGAAGAGGUGAAUGUAAUAAUGGACAGUCUGUCUGGAGUGUUAUUGAGGACGAUCCUGGAGGUAACUAACCGUCCCCAGCCAGCUGCCACCUCGAUGCGUCUGCAAUAUCAGGACGUGACAGGUGAGUUUGUGGCCUGUUUGCUGACUCUCCUAAGGCAGUUAAGUGAUAAGGACUACCAGAAGCUCCUGAGCCGAUUCCCUACAAAAGACGAGCUGGCGAAUUUUCUUCUACAGCUGUUCACUGUCUUUAGAAUACUGAUUCGACCGGACAUGUUUCCUAAAGACUGGACAGUCAUGAGAUUGGUCACCAACAAUGUGAUCAUCACCACGGUCCUGUAUCUCUCCGACACCCUCAGAAGCAACUUCCUUAAUGAGAAAUUUGACUUCAAGGUAUGGGAGUCCUAUUUUUAUCUCUCUAUAAUAUUCGUCAUCCAGCCGUGUCUUCAGCUCGAGACAUUCCCUCCAUCCAAAAGGAAGAAAGUUCUGGAAAAGUACGGAGACAUGCGAGUGAUGAUCGGGUGUGAGAUCUUCAGCAUGUGGCAGAAUCUGGGAGACUAUAAAGUGAAUCUGAUCCCUUCUCUGAUUGGGCCGUUCCUGGAGGUGACCCUGGUGCCACAGCCUGACCUGAGAAACGUCCUCAUCCCUGUCUUCCACGAUAUGAUGGACAGCGAGGAACGCCGCAGUGGCAACUUCAAACAGGUGGAGGCGAAGCUGAUAGACAAGUUGGAGAGUCUGAUGUCAGAGGGUAAAGGAGACGAGACCUACAAGGAGCUCUUUAACAACAUAAUACCGCUGUUUGGUCCGUAUCCGAGCCUGCUGAAAAAGAUCGAGAGAGAAACAUGGAGAGAGAGCGGAGUGUCUCAUAUAGCCACAGUUACACGGCUUAUGGAGAGAUUACUCGAUUACAGGGACUGUAUGAAGAUCGGAGAGGUUGAUGGGAAAAAGAUUGGCUGUACUGUCAACCUGCUGAACUUCUACAAGACGGAGCUGAAUAAAGAGGAGAUGUACAUCCGCUACAUCCACAAGCUCUAUGAGCUCCACCUUAAAGGCCAGAACUACACAGAGGCAGCCUACACUCUGCUGCUGUAUGAUGAGCUGUUGGAGUGGACAGAGAGGCCGCUGAGAGAGUUCCUCACCUACCCCAUGCAGAGCGAGUGGCAGAGAAAAGAGUGUUUACAUCUCACCAUCAUCCAUAACUUCGACAGGGGGAAGUGCUGGGAGAACUGUAUCAUCCUUUGCCGAGAGCUGGCCAAUCAGUACGAAGCUUACUACGACUACAGGAACCUGAGCAAAAUGAGGCUGAUGGAGGCUUCUCUCUAUGAUAAGAUAAUGAAUCAACAGAGGCUCGAACCGGAGUUCUUUAGAAUUGGGUUCUAUGGCAAGAAGUUCCCCUUCUUCUUACGGAAUAAGGAGUUUGUGUGUCGGGGGAACGAUUACGAACGGUUGGAGGCGUUUCAGCAGAGGAUGCUGAGUGAGUUUCCUCAUGCCAUCGCCAUGCAGCACGCCAACCAGCCCGACCAGACCAUACUGCAGGCCGAGGCGCAGUACCUGCAGAUCUACGCGGUCACUCCUGUCCCAGAGAAUCAGGACGUGCUGCAGAGAGACGGAGUGCCCAGUAACAUCAAGAGCUUCUACAAGGUCAACCAUAUCUGGAGGUUCCGCUAUGACAGACCCUUCCACAAGGGUACUAAAGAUAAAGAGAAUGAGUUCAAGAGUCUAUGGGUGGAGAGGACCACACUGAGUCUGGCACAGAGUCUCCCAGGCAUAUCUCGCUGGUUCGAGGUGGAGAAACGGGAGCUGGUGGAGAUGAGUCCUCUGGAGAACGCCAGCGAGGUGAUUGAGAAUAAAACCCUGCAGCUGCGUACGCUGAUCGCGCAGUGCCAGACGCGGCAGAUGCAGAACAUCAACCCGCUUACUAUGUGUCUGAACGGGGUGAUCGAUGCCGCCGUGAACGGAGGACUCGCUCGCUACCAAGAGGCGUUCUUUGCAAAAGAUUACAUUAACAAUCACCCGGAGGAUGGCGAUAAGAUCACCCGUCUCCGAGAGCUCAUGUUUGAGCAGGCACAUAUUCUGGAGUAUGGCUUGGCUGUACACGAGAAAUUCGUUCCACAGGACAUGCGUCCUCUGCACAAAAAACUCAUCGACCAGUUCCAUGUGAUGCGAUCCAGUCUGGGCAUACAGCCGCAGGAGUUUCCUGCGUACGUGCGUGUCAGUCCUCUGCAUUUUGCCAAUGGCAGUCCUCGAAACUGCAGGACUCCUGUUCCUAAUGCCAUCAGUCCAGACGGAGGACGAAUAGUGGCGCGGCGCAGCCCCCUCAGUUACCCGGCUGUCAAUCGCUACUCGUCAUCCUCACUGUCAUCACAGGCCUCCAACGACGUGAGCAACAUCACAGGCCAGUCAGAGAGCUCGGAUGAAGUCUUCAACAUGCAGCCAAGUCCGUCUACCUCAAGCCUCAGCUCGAACCACUCCGGCUCUCAUAAUGUGAACAACUCAGCUCCCUCAAGCAAUAGAGAUUCUCUUCCAUCAGCGUCUCCACUGCCGUUGGACAAACACAAGCAUUCGAAAGAGAACGCAUGUCUCUCACCCAGAGACCGACUGUGCAGUGGUGUUUUCUCCAACCCUCUGGACCCUACACAGAGGAUGAUGCCAUUCCAGAUAGACGCAAGUCUGCCACGCUGUGAGGCCAGUUUCCCCACAGCAGAAACUGCAGCUCAAGGCAAGAACAUAAGGUCUCUGUCUCCUAUGCCAACCUCAAAGUCUCCUCAAAAGACCUCAGCUCCUCCCCUCACCCCCUCUCCUACUGACGGUUUGCCCACGGGCAGCUUAGCGUCUCACUCACCCGCCCGCUCGGGCAGCUACAGCAGUGGCAUCUCCUCUCUCAGCCGCUGCAGUGUGUCAGAGACGUGUGGCAUCGAUGCAGCACCUGAGCCGUCCAUGCCUGCGGUCCUGCCUGCCGACAACGCCAUCCGCCGCGGCAGCAAGACGCCACCACCCUACAGCGUGUACGAGAGGAACAACCCGCGCCGCGCCACCCCACUGCCCCACAGCCUGUCAGUGCCACCUGCCACAGACAGCGCCAACCUGCCCGCCAAACCACCACUAAGCCGCACGCAGAGGAUCAACUCGGAGCCACGGCACAGGAUCACGCCACGGAAAGUCUCCCAGCUGUAGAGUUACAGAUUUAUCCAUAGCACAGGAGUAGUACCUGGAACUGUCUAUGCAGCUCAUCCAGGUUAUUGUAAAAGUCUAGUAGUAAGUACUAAGUCACAGUGACUGGACUUUGACGUGUAGUCUUGAAGAUGUUUCAUCAUUGAAAACUAAUACUCUUCACAAUGAUACCACAAAUCCAUUCACCUAGACUUCACCUACUAGACAAACCCAACUGAUUAUGUGAGGAAUGCAGGAAUAUAUUACAGAUGCAGUUUUAUUUUUUUGUAUUAAGUAAAAGGAACAUAAUCGCUUGUUUUUUACUGCAGUAGCCCUCUUGCUUGCUUUAGCAGCGAAUCCGAUAUUAGUGCGUUAUUAAUGGAUAAUCUGCGUAAGUGCAGUGUCCUGUGGGUUUUAUGUUUAUUUUUCGUGAAUGAUUUUUUUUUUUUUAAACUUUGAUUCAAUUCAUACUCAGCAUGGAGUUAUUUCAGCUUCAAGUUAUCAUGACCAAUUAUUAAAGCUGAACUGGAAUUGACUCAACAUUAUAUAUCGUACAUAUUUUCCAUUAGUAUACAUUCAUGGCUAGUGAGACUCGUGUACAAGUAUAGCCGUUAAGAGAUUAGAAUUCUACUCUAAAAGGGCAUAUAGUUUACAGUUCAGUCUUUAGAUCUGGCAGGUCCACAUACCACUUUAGAGCAAAGGUCUGAAACAUACCGGUAUUUUUGAUAGAUGUACAAAAAGCUCAUAUCUGUACAGUAUUCCGCUUAUUCGACGGCAUUGUUUUUAGGCCUUAUACAUGGACAAAGAUGUGCAGCUAGUCCUGCAUCUUGUUUUAACCGCUUUGUCCUUUCUGGAAUGGCUGAAAGGUGCUACAUAUUUCUUAGUGUUUCUUUCUGACGUAGCCUUGUAGCUGCCGAACCUGCCUGACCGUUAAUUGUGCAAUGUAAUGAAAUCGUGUGGUCUCCAAGUAUUGUGCCAAAGAAACAAAACAGUAUUAACAUUUCUGUCGGUGAGAGUAGCUAGGGCAGCUUAGAGCUCACAUAGCCGCGUGAAUGCUUGUGCUUGACAAUGUGCUUUUUAUGCAGUGCGCUGAGGCCUAGAGUACGAUAGCAUGAGGCAUGUACAGCAACAAGCAAUAUAACCAGUGUAGUUUCCUCCAAAGUGUGACAUUCAAAGCACAGAAAGCCCAGAUUGGUUUUCAGCGAUUUCAGAAAGUUUGCCAAGAUGUUAUCAGAAUUUGGUAAACAAAAUAUUCUAUGAUCAAAAUGGCUUUUUAAAGUGCCAUUUUUUGGAGUGUAGGGGAGCUAAGAGGAUCUUGAUUUGUAUUUUAGGUGGUCAUGCACAAAAGUUCAACCAGUUUUUGACUGCCAAAAGCACAGCAAACAUGGAAUUAAAGGAACACUGUACUGAUUUUUUUUAUUAGAUUUUUGUCCUUGUUUCAGCUUUCUUAAAAAAUAUAAAAAUAUUUUACAUUAUUAAGGAUUUUUUUUUUAGUUUUUUUACAUUAAAUUUUUUUUAUAUCAGUCAUAAAUAGAUUUUCAUUUUAACGAUUAUGCAGGACAAAUUCAUACCACAUUUAAGACUCCCCUUUCAAAUUUUACUGAAGUUAUGUUAACAUUUAUUGACUUUAAAAUGUAUUGAAGUGUUUUCAAGUGAAUUUGAACAAUUAACUAGGCAUGUGCUGAUAAUCGGUUAUAAAACAGAUUGCAGUACUUAACAAUCAGUAUUAUUAUUGUGGACACUGUGUCUGUCCCAUGUGGACAGCUGUCUCAUAAUGUUCCUUCAUUUGGACAGAGUAGAAGGUCAUGUGCGUCCUAUUCAGAGAAUGUAUUUUUAAAAAGCUUAAUGGUGAUAAUAUUGUAAACUGGGAUAAUAGGUUAGGCAAUCACCGUGAUAUGAAAAUUUAAUAUCUGUACAUGUGUACUGAUGCCUGAAAAGUAACCUUUUCUGUAAAAUAUAUUACCUUCUGUGUGCCACCGCAAAUGCUACAACAAAUGCAAAAAAUCUUUAGUAAAAAAGCAACAAGAAUGACAGAACAUCUAAUAGCUGUUCACUGCCGAUCUGCAAACCUAAAUCAUUUCAUGGGUUUAAAUGUAAUGAUUAAUAUUGUUAGAGACCCCAACACGACCUUUUGACAUUUUAAUGCUUGUUUAAUUUGUUUAUAGUUGCUAAUACUGCGACUCUAUGUUUGUCAGCAUAUUGUUACUGUAAUGUUUACAUCUGUUAAGUAAAAAAAAAAAAAACUUUUCUGGAAAAAAUGCCCUUUACAUUGUCUGAAUUUUAUAAUUACAUAUGCAUAAUGGAAGACAGAGUAAUAAUCAUCCAGCUCAAUUUCUUACAGGGUAAUUUGAGUAAUUCCAGCACUAUAAAAAAGAUUUCAAAUCAUUUUUCCACACUGAAACAGAUAAAUUAUUAAUCUGUGCCAAAAAAUGAUGAAUUUGCAACUGAGCUAUUACAUCACUGACACUAAUACUAACUACUAAAUACUAAUAAUAUGAUUGAAGCUGCACAGCUUGAGCAUUUGUUUGUUUGAACAUCACUGUAAUUUUACUGAUCUUGUAAAGAAGCACAGUUUUAAGUCUUAUAUCGGUCAUUGGUUUCUUAAGCAAACCCGAGUAUUAGCAGCUAACGUGGAUUCAGGCUUGGAAACGCAUGACUCUGUAAAUGGUGGCCAUUAGUACAUUGCUUGUGUGAAUGACUUGAUAACCAGUGUUGCAGUUGUGUUCACAUAUGCCUAUGCUACUAAAGUUGCUCAUUCUAGGCAAUUUUGUAAUUUUUAAUGGAUUGCCUAGUGACCACUUUUAGAAAAAUGAACUAGUAUUCUUGUAUUAUCUCUCUUUUUCUCUCACUUUGUCUCACCUUUUGUAUGGAUUAGGUUUUAUCUUUUUUUGUUCAAUUUUUUGAACCUGUAAAGUUGUACUUUAUAUCAUAUAAUGGGAUGAAAGUAUUCCAUAUAGCCCGUGUUACAGAUUUUGUACAAACUGUGUUUAUAUGAAAAUGUAACCAGUUCAUAGGCUUUGAAUGUUGCAAUGAAAAUUUUUAUUUGUAAAUGUUGACUAUUAGACAUUAAUGAAUAAAGGUUGAUUGAUGUACAAAUGGUUAAAAGAAUAAAACCAUAUUAACAUUCCACUAUUAAAACGCUUAUAACACAUAUUAGGUAAUAGUGUGAAUAAUUAAUUGUGUUAUUUAAUAAUUUCGUGACAUUGACAUGAACAUAUGAACAGAAUCUGGGAGCUGAACUGUAAAAUAGUGCAAUAUAACAAAAUAAGUGAACAUAUAAAGGAGGGUCCCGAUUAGAUCAGUACCCAGAACUGUUUUCAUCAUUAAUCAACUAAUAUUAUUCAGUUUAUACAUGAAGAAUUGUGUAAUGCCUUUAAUGCAUUUAAAACCGAGACCUGAAUUCUGCUCAUAUCCUGAAUAUAUUUCAUUCCAAUCGUAACACAAAUCUAUCGCCAGCAAACUUUGUUAAUUGUUAUCCUUUUACUUGAGAUUGAUUCAGUUUUAGUAGUUUUUUUUUUCUUUUAAAAAAAUAAGGGUUGGUUUUUUCAUAUCAUAGCACAUAACACUAAUAUGACCAUAUAAAUAAAAACCUUUUGGACAUACAUUAAUUAAAUAUGAUCACUGUUGCCAUAGAAAUAACUAUAAAUAAGUUUGGUGUCAUCAAAGUUUGCGCCGUUUGUUCUAGAGAAACAUGCAUUAGCCAAAGUACCCUAAAAAUGUUUUUUUUUUGUUUUGUUUUUUUGCUAUUAUUGAAGCCAAAUAACACAAAUUACUUUGACUGUGAUUUCAAAUCUGUGUUUGAAACGUCAUAUUAUCUGGGUCGUGGGUCUCACCCCAUUCGAGUAGAUAGGAGUCUGGACUGACUGGAAAUAAUUGCCUGGGGGCUUUGCUAAAAUAGCUGAAAAAUGGACUGAGUUUACCAUUAAGGAUUUACCCUUGACAUAAAAACCCUGGUGCAAGUUCACCAUUAUUUAACAUUAGCCAGCUAACAUUAACUAAUGUUACUACAUAAACAUCUAUACUUAGAAUGGGGUUUGUCUUGGGCCAAAGUUUUUUUUCUGUAGAUGACUCAAUAAAAUGGUCUUCCAUAAUAUUCGCUCAUAAAAAUUGAUGCCCAGGUAUCAAACUUUAAUCCCAGGUGUCAGACUUUCAUCCACUUUUAACUCCACCUUGCCAACAUUGGGCCAAUUUGGGCCAAUUUUUACAAAACAUCGCUUUUCUUAGCAACCCUGACUAAGUUGACCCAGUUCUGGCAAACUUUCCUUUUAGCAGACGGUAGCUAAUGCAUGCUCAGAAAGUCUCUAAAAGGACCCAGAUAACGUUCCAUUCCACUGGGUGCCAACGUUGUCCAUUGGACCAGUGGGCUACCAACAGACUUCACCCACAUAUAAAUUUACUGAAAUUAAGUUAUGAAAAAUGCUUCUCUGCCACCAUUGUGCCAGUGUUGGUUCAAAUUUGAAAGGGUUACUAGGAAAUGUGCUGCUUUGCCAACACUGGCCAAACAUUGUAUACUGAGGCCCAACACAGCCUCCCAAAC